UUUAAAUGGAGAGAAUUGAGGGUCAAACGUAUGUUACACCUAUACGCAUGGCGUGUUAAUGAUAGCUGGUUUAUUGUAUAGUAGAAGACAGCUCGUCGUGCAUUUCUCUACUAAUAAGAAUGAGACAAUUUGGCUGUCUUUGACAUAAACAGAGAUUUUAACAAAUAAUCCCUGAGAAUAAAAGGGCUAUAAAAAUUAUUUUUCUAAAUUGUUUCCAAAAAAUUGAUUAAUUUAUUGACGUCAGAAAUAACAUCAAAAUCAAUCUUUUAAUGGCAGCUGUAAUACGUUUAUUAUCUGAGAUCUAUGUAUGGCAUGAAUUAUGUCGUGAUUGGUUUAUUAAUCAUUUAUAUUGUUUAAUUGACUUAAAAUAUUUGUGAGCGCUGUUUUUUUAUUACAAUUUUAAAAUUAAUUAUUUAUUGUUAAUAUUUAUUAUAUGUAGUAUUUUAAUUAGACUAAUCACGAUUAAAAGCUUGCAUCAUUAUUAUACAAUAAAAUUAUUAUUAGAUUUUUUAUUAUGAUUUUACUUUUUGGAAUAUUAUAACUGAAAGUGAGUUUGACAGCUAACGUCAAAUUUUGGAUAAGCGUAAAGAGCCAUCUACAAUAGAGUGUUUUAGCUGUAACAGCGUUAAAUCUACAGCCAUGUUGUCUACAAUACAGACGACGUAGCAGUUACAUAAAAGCCGCGCAGCUAUUAUAGAGAGGCCACCAUCAAAAACUAACCCUGAAUGCCUGAACGCUCAUCGUAAGCACGCACUGAAUAGGCUCAAUGUCUGCUGUAGGCAUAAGCAGUAAAGCAGUACAAAAUGAAAACAUUUUCUACGACCACUGCUACGGCCUACGACUCUCCAUUGUAGAUGGCCCUUAACAGCACCGCGACAUUAACGCGUCGACAGUUUGCGUCACACGGCACGUUUCCUUUAAGUAUACUGGUGUGGCAUCGCUAUACUGUCGCGUGAUAUUUGAAUAAAUAUCUUAUUAAAUAUAAUUAAUACAAAUUAGUUUGUUGUAUUACGAGUGCGAUAGGUCAGCUAUUUCCUACGAGUUCGGUGAGCAGACGCACGAGACGAAGGUGAACGAGUCAUAGCAUAGUCAUAAUAUUCAAAAUACAUAAAAAUAGCAAAUUUAUGAAACUGUAAUUACAAAUUUCUCAAAAUUACAGCGUGAUGAUCAAAGUAAUUUUGGGGAAUUGGAUUCGUAUUUACCAUUUAAGAACCUAUAUACUGGAAAUAAUUCUCAUUUUGUUGGUACAAUAAAACACAUUUUUUGUCGAACCGUAUAAUCAAAUGUACUGAUGACAUCAGUUUUUCAAUCGUAUGUUUUAUUCAUAUGGUCAUUUAAAAAUCAAAAAUUAGUUUUAAAAUAUGUGUUGUAUAUGUAAAAACUUAAAGACUAAAUAUAGACCUAUUUUGAUCAUUUAAAAAUUAAAAAAAAAUAGAUGUAGGUAGAGUGUUCGUUUUUAUUGCAAUUUAACGUUAAUUUGUUAAUAAUUUAAUUACAUAAAAUAUAUUAAAAAAUAUCUACACAAUAACAUUGAAAUAAUACAGAACUUUAAGAUUAUGAAGAGUUACGGAAUAACUAUAUUAAUUUAUUUUCAACAUUUACAUCUAUCUUUUGGACAAUUUUUUAAAUGAAUAAAGUAAGGCCAAAUUUGGUCUGAUUAGUACUUAAAAUGGACAUUUUUUAGAUGUCCAAAAAGAUAACACAAAAUGUCUUUAAAGUAUUCUAGGGAUGUGUAAGUUCAUCUGAUUUGGACGUUUUAAGUACAUACAGAACGUCCACUAUAUACAUUUUUAACGUCUGUGUGCUGUUUUAGUAAUACAACAAUUUUAGCAAAACUGUCGUCGUAGCAGUAGAAGAAAUAUUCAUGUGUUCAAAAUUCUCGCCGUAGCAAAUUGGACGUUGUCGACAGUACUAAAAUUCUUACAAAUGAGUUUUGAUUUUAGUGAAGAAAAAUAAAGUUGAGUAAACAUUUCGGUUACGGCCAAAAAUAACAGAUUAUGGCCAACUAUUAUAAACGGGUUUCCUAUCUUCCAACUUACAGCACCGGCCUAAGUUAACGAUUACAACUAUUAAAAACCAAUCCUUAAUUUUAGGUCGCCUCUCUAUGAUAGCUGGCUGGUAUGUUACUGCUACUACAUCGUCUAUACUGUAUUGUAGACAGCAUGGCUUUAGAUUUAGCCCGAAGGCAGAGAACGAGACGUAGGUGUCGUUGUAGAGUAAGGCAGAAAAAAACACAAGUUGUAAUAUACUACUAUUCUAGAGUCUAGAAUAGUAUACUACUGCCCGAUUUCUUUACUUCCCGAUAAAGUUAUCCGGAGGAUAAAUCUCAAGUUUAACCAAUCACGAACAUGGAUCUGGUAGUUUAUCUCCUGGAUAAUUUUCACCGCAAGAUAACUGGACAUGAAGAAAUCGGGCAUACGACAUGUACGACUUACGUUUUUCUCUGCCUUCCCCUACGACUACGACUGCGACACCUACGUCUCAUUCUCUGCCUUCGGCCUAAUAGUGUUGUUACGACUAAAACACUCCAUUGUAGAUGGCCCUUUGACCGGUCAUUCCAUUGGAAUUGACCAAUCGUAUUUGUCGUUAAGCAAAAUUAACAAAUGCGAUUGGUCAAUUCCAAUGGAAUAACCGAUCGGUUAAGGUAAUCGGAGUUGGUGAAAUCGGGUUUAAAUGAGUUUCUUUCCUUUUUUUUCCCCCGUUAAAGAGAAAUGGAGAAAGCACCAUCUGCGUGGGGAUAGACUAAUAUAAUUCAUUCGGGGUUGGACUAUCGAGUAUUGAAUCAUUUGCUCGAUCUUUUCCGAGUCAACCACCGCUGAUGUCGAGUUGUAAAAGCGAGUCCUGGUCGUCCGAGAAUAAACAAAAAAAUCUAAACAAAUGGCGAGUAUCCCAGAGAGGAACAAGAGCGAGCAUCGAGAAAAUUCCAUGUCGAAUGAGAAUAUGAAAGAUUGCCCAUAUUAUAAUGGUUUCUAUGACAAAAAAAGAUCCAUUCGAUGUACAGAUGUUGAGGGAAAUGAGACAACUGUCGAGUUUAUUUAUCAAUUUGUAAAGAAAAGCUACAGCUAUCAAAAUGACUCCAUUGAUUAUUGUAGUGAAUUUUAUACUAACAUAAUUGGGCCACCUGAAGGACAUUUAUGUUAUGAAUAUAUAAGAAAGACAUUUGACGCUCACCUGAUACUGUCUUUAUCAUGUAUAGAAUACUACUCAGAUGAUGAAUAUCAUGAUUUUAGUAUCAUGGAUCCUACAAUAAUCGAUAAAAUUUCUAUUAAUAUUGAGUAUCAUGUUGCUGUAUAUCCAAUCAGAAUUACUAUAUUUGAUACAGCAUAUAAAUUGGACACAAUUCAAAUUUGGGCUCAAGAUCCUGACAAUCAGUGGUUCCUGUUGGGGUAUCAUUCGCUGUCAAGAGAGAGGUUUUGGCCCGGAAAAAUUUUACAUUCUAUAACUCUACAUCCGUGCAAUUUUAAAACCAAAUUGCUCAGACUGGUAUUUAAUCAUAGAUUGAAAGAACACAAGCUAGAUGCUAUAAUGCUUAUCGGAACAUCAGAAUUGAUUCUUUCUAAAAACUCUGAAGAAAAUUCGCAAUUCUUAUCAAAAGGUAGUCCACGAGGCUGGAAAAUCACAGAAUAUAAUUUCAACUCUAUGCGCCAUACACAUCCCACCGAUAUGCUUACAUUGAUUCACCGGGAUAUACAAUACCUCAUAGAGAAUUUUCAUGAAUAUGGAACUAUCUGUAAAAGUAUUUGCAGAAAUAUAGUACAGAGUUUUCAUAAGGAUCAGCUUGGACAUAAACAAAUAUCUUAUAAUGCCUUCCUAGGUUAUAUACAAAUUCAUAAACAAAGCUUAACAGUCAAAGAUUACUCGAAUUAUAAUAAAUUUAUUGAAGAUCUUAAAUUUUUAUGGGAUAAAUCAAAGAAAUCAUAUGACAGUUUCUCGAAGCUUCCGGAUGAAACAAUUUUAAAUAUAUUAAAAGAUUUAGACUUGAGGUCGUUAUGCCGCGUAGGUAGAGUAAAUAAACGGUUGAAUAAUUUAACACGAGAUCCUUUUCUAUAUACCAGCUUGAACAUGCGGAAUAUACACUUUACAUAUUGGCGCACCAAUCUUUGGCAUAAAUUUCAUUACUUUGCGCGCAGAUGUACAUAUUUAAAAGAGUUAGAUCUGUCAUAUUGUGACAUUCCUGUUGUGAAAUUUAAUGUGUUUAUUCAUACUUGCGGCAAGCGUUUAACGCAUCUAAAUUUAAGUCGUUGCCGAUGUGUUAACAACUCUGUCUUACGUCAAAUUUCAAAGACUUGUCCAAAUUUAAAAGAAUUGAAUUUAAGUUGUUGUCGUUUCGUAAAUGAUAAAGGAUUUUCUUAUCUUGAAAAUCUAAAGUAUUUGGAGUGUUUAAAUCUUCAGACUGUAGAAAAAAUGCAAACUAAAACUCUUUGCAAAAUACUGCAAAGAAAUCAACAGCUACGUGACUUAAAUUUAGCAAACACAAAUUUAAACAUAGACGAGGUCGUAGUGGAAUUAAAAAAUUCAUGUCCAAAUUUGGAAACAAUAAAUUUACAACGGACAAAAAUUACAUCAAAAAGUAUUUAUGCCCUGGCUGAUUGCAAGAAUCUACAAGAAAUAUAUUUUGGUUGGCUCUAUGACAGCAUAAAAAACGAAAAUUGGGAAGAUCUAAAGAAGAGCUUUCAUAGAUUGUUUUCUUCUCUACGUUUAGAAAAACUCGACAUAACCGAUUUCAGUGUCUAUCUAUUUACUUUGAAUAGCUUAAUGCUGUGCAAAAACAUAAAAAGUUUAACCUUUAACGGAGAUACUAAAAAAUUUGACUCCAACAUCUUUUAAAAUGGAGAGAAUUGAUGGUAAUAUGUAUAUUAUACCUAUUCGUAUGGCGUGUUAAUGAUAGCUGGUUUAUUGUAUAGCAGACAACAACUCAUCGUGCAUUUCUCUACUAAUAAGAAUAAAAAAAUUUGGCUGUCUCGGACAUAAACAGAGAUUUUAAUAAAUAAUCCUUGAUAAUAAAAGGACUAUAAAAAUUAUUUUUCUGAAUCGUUUCCAAAAAAUUGAUUAAUUUAUUAACGUCAGAAAUAACAUCAAAAUCAAUCUUUUAAUAGCAGUUGUAAUAUGUUUAUAUUCUGAGAUAGUCCUAUGUAUGGCGUGAAUUAUAUCGUAAUUGGUUUAUUAAUCAUUUAUAUUGUUUAAUUGACUUAAAAUAUUUUUGAGCGCUGUUUCUCGAUUACGUCUUUAUUUAUUUAUUGUUAAUAUUUAUUAUAUGUAGUAUUUUAAUUAGACUAAUCACAAAUCAAAGCUUGCAUCAUUAUUAUACAAUAAAAUUAUUAUUAGAUUUUUUA